AUCGCCUUCGAACAACGCGUUGGAAUGCUAGCAACGCGACCGAUGAUAGUUUACAUCACUUUCGCCUUUUCUUCCAUUUUCCACCCCGAGCCAUUGGCAUCGCACACGGCAGACAGGCUCGUGCAAGCGUCGCCCUUAGACAGAAAAGGUGAAUGCAAUAAUUUGCGUUGGCCUAGAGACAUUGCGCGCGACUCGGCCCUUUGCCUGCCAGGACAGCCAGUACAAGGAGGUUGGGUGUGCUGCACGAGCCAUGGCUCUGCAUCAAGAAGACGACCCGGACGAGUUCGAGGAGGAGGAGAUGGAGGAGGAGAUGGAUGAAAAUGAUGGAGAUGAAGCUGAGAUGGAAAGUGACGAUAUGGACGACUACUCUGGUGAAGAUUUUGACGACGGCGAGGAGGAGGAAGAUGAGGAAAUGGAACGUCCCAGCGACGAUGAUGAGACCGACGUGGAAGAGAAUGCGCAUGAGUCUGGCCGCCUCUCACCCUCCCAUGUUGGGAUCGCUGGUUCGCGGCCGGGCGUGCAAUCUGAGUACCAACGCAUCACCAAGGCUCGCCUUGAUGACUACCUGUCUUAUUUUCACACCCUCUCGUCCCAUGUCGCCGCGUCCCAUCCUUAUUCUACCUACCAAUCUGCCAUCUCUUAUUCAACAGAGCCAUUGGCGGCAUGCCCGACGCUAUCGGCGCAUGUUCAUUGCAUGGCUCAAUCUGCUGAUGGCACCGUGCUCCUGAGCGGAGGCAGCGAUGGCUACAUUCGGCGAUACGAUGUCUACGGUACGGUCAAUGGCAAGAGCUUGCUGACUGCUAGCGUGCGCCAUCAGUUUCCGGAAGGUUUCAACAAGGGUGGACUCAUGAGCGCUUUCUAUGCGAAUGAAGAGGACGAGGACGAUGAUGCCAGCGCCGCGGCUUCUCCGCAGCCCAAGCAGAGUGUACCGAGCAAGGUAAAGGGGAAAAAAGGCAAAGGCAAAAAGCGCCAGGACGAUAAUGACGAUGGCGCUGAUGAAGAAGAGGAAGAAGGUGACGGCGGGCGACAGCCACCCCCCGUGGCAGCAGUCCAUUCUAUCGCCUGUCAGGCAGACGCACUCUGGGCUUUGGUCGGCUCCGAAUCAGGAGCGAUCAAUCUCAUGACCUUGCGACACACCCAACAACAGCUCCACAAUGGCGGUCCAAACCCUCCGCCAACUAACGGCGGCAGCACAAGCGUUCCGCGAAGACGCAAUGGCUAUACCCAUCACGUAUUGCGUCGACACAAUGGCCCAGUUUCUAGCUUGGUAUUGACGCCAGACCAGCGCGGCUUCGUCAGCGGAGGGUGGGACAAGAAUGUUCUACAGUGGGACCUGGAUACGGGCCAGGUCGUCAGGGAGUAUCCGUAUCACGUGGGUCAAAUCAGCAGCUUGAGUUUCCGUCCACUCAGACCAGGCGUGCACGUACCGAAAUCGCGAGAUGCGAGCGUCAUCAGCAUCCAUGCCAGUGCUUUGGAAGAAAGUACAGCCCCUCAAAGCCAAGUCACACUGCCUUCCUCGCCUAUCAAAAGUGCUCGUACCGACUCCAAAACCCCUGACCCAGAAGGAGGGCACAAGAGGAGCCGGAGCCGAAGUUCGACGCUCGAGCCCGCGCCCGCACCAAGUCAUCGCAGUCGCAGCAGAAGUCAAGUCACGGCUCCAGAUUUCCUAUCUAGUGUUCAGGAGCAUUCAGAGAACCCCACGGCUGCAAAGAGUCCGAGCACGGCUCUUGCUCCUGCUCCGGACUUGCCCGAAGCAAAAGUUGAUGCGGACGGCGACACACCCAUGCGAGGAAGCUCUCUGCAAAAAAAUCAGCAAGUUGUAGCAGCGAGCGCCCCGGUAUUUGAUGCGACAGGAGACGAUCCUUCGACAGCAGCGCCAACAAUAAACGACAGCCAGCAGCUCGGGACGAUGGACGAAGAUCUUGCGCUCGAGCGUGAGCUGAAUGAGUCUUUGGGGAUUGAAUUCGGUGGCGCUACGGGCCCGGGGUGCAGCGACAGUGCUUUUGAAACGACAGCGGGGCCUGUCAACGUCAACGAGGAUGAGGAUGAUAUCGCACUCAUGGGCAUCACCAACAUGGGCAAAGUUGCUGUGCAAAGUGCAUCCUUACCUGCUGGGGCGAAGAGCACUGAGCGUAAAGGGAGCACAUCGAGUACUGCUGCCAAGAGGAAGAAGAAGCAGGCGCCAGCCGAUUCGGAUGCGGACUCUCUCUUUGGAGACAGCUCGGACGCUUCCGCUGCUGACCCAGAUGCAGAUGCGGACGCUGAUGGCGAGGCGGACGAGACAUUGGAUGUGGCCGUCCCAGCAAGGACAGAGGGAGCUCAGGAUGGCUUCAGGAACCAGUCCGGCGGGGUUCUCGCCCGAAAGGAAGUUGUCGCUGAUGCCGACACUGACGCCGAUGCCGACGGAGAAGCUGAUGCAGAUGGGGAGGCGGAUGCAGAAGGCGGAGAUGAAGAUGCGCCCUCCGACGACGAGCCUUUACUGAUGCUUAGCAGCAAAAAACACGCCGGUCUUGCGCUCCCGACCGACGCGAAGGCUUUAGCAAAGACUAAUGGGAAGGCUGCAGGAACAACUGCUAAUGGAGCCAGCAGGAUAGGACCAGCUAAUUCCAAGUCCACCCUGUCGAAGUCAUCUCUUGGGAGCUUGACGGCAUCGGCAGGCUUCGACGCAGAUGUCUCACGAUUCAGCCCUGACGUUCUGCUGACCACCACGCUAGGUGGGCAGGUAAUGUUGUGGGAUAGGAGGGUUCCAGCAGACGCAAAAGGGGGCGUGCGGGCGCUACCUUUACCCGAAAAGACUCCGCCAUGGUGCGCUACAGCCAGCUGGUCCACAUAUGGGGACCGCAUCUAUGUUGGCCGCAGGAACGAAGUGAUUGAGGAGUGGGAUCUUCGCGCUUUAUCAAGCUCCCAAAAUGGAACCAACGGUUCUGCCGCGGACGGCAUGGUGUGGCGUGGCAUGGGCCACCCACGAAUGCUCCGAGCUUUAAAGCUGCCGACUGGGUGUGGACCCGUCACGUCAAUCACCAGCAUGCCAAACGACAAGCACAUCAUAUGCGGCUCGCAGGACAAUGUGAGGUUGUGGGACACGAGCCUCAGUCAGGAAGGCGGGAAGGUACCUUUUAAGAUUGUCGCCGGUCAUAACGGCGCGAUGGUCUCGAGUCUUCUCCUGGAUCCCACCUCCCGAUUCCUCUAUGUCGCAUCCGGAGAUCGCGGCUGGAUGGGCAACAGCUCCGAAAGCAUCCUGAUACACGAGGUCACUCCAGUCUUAUAGCAUGCCCCUAUAUCAUGCAUUACUGCAGGUACAUUCUACAC